AUGUCCGCCACUUGUUCCAAUUUCCUCACAACCUGCUGCAUGUCCGCCACCUGUUUCACUGCCUCCAUCGCCGAGUGCUCAACAAUCUUCUCUCCUGCCGAUUGCUCAACAAUCUUCUGUCAUGCCUGCAAUUGAUACAUCUAAUCCUUGUUCUAGUUAGCAUCCUCCUACGGCAGUUCGCACACAUUCUAUGGUAACGAGGUCUCAAGAUGGAACUCGUAAGGUGCGUCAUUUGCCCUCUUUGGUUUCUACUACACUUUCGUUAAUUGAGCUGAAAACUUUUGCUCAGGCGAUUCGUCAACCAGAGUGGUGUACAGCAAUGGCAGAGGAGUAUAAUGCUCUUUUGAGCAAUAAUACAUGGGAUUUAGUUCCUUCUCCUCCUACUGUUAAUAUUGUUGGUUCUAAAUGGGUCUAUCGAAUUAAGCAGAAAUCAGAUGUGACAAUUCGGCUAGUCUUGACUCUUGGUAUUUCAUCAUCUUGGCCGAUUCAUCAGUUAGAUGUUAAAAAUGCUUUUUUGAAUGGUGAACUAGAGCAACCAGUAUACAUGUCUCAACCUCCAGGGUUUGUUGACAAACAUCAUCCUGAUUAUGUUUGCCGGCUGAAGAAAGCUCUUUAUGGUCUUAAACAAGCUCCUCGGGCAUGGUUUCAUCGGUUUGCUUCUUUCUUGAAAUCUUGUGAUUUUAUUCAGGCUCAGAAUGACUCUUCUAUGUUUUUGUAUAGUAACCGUGGGUCCAUGGCAGUGCUAUUACUAUAUGUUGAUGAUAUCAUUUUGAUUGCAUCUACUUCCUUAUUAUUAUCUUCAGUGCUUUCUCUUUUAAAGAAGGAGUUUUUAAUGACAGAUUUGGGACCGUUGAAUUAUUUAUUGGGUGUUUUUGCUACUCGUAAUUCAGAUGGUAUCUUUUUAGAGCAAUCUAAGUCUGUUCUUGAUUUACUGGAUCGUACUGGUAUGUCUGAUUGCAAGUCGGUAGCCACUCCUCUUGAUUCCAGGAAGAAAUUAGUUCUUAAUGAUGGUCCACGCCAUUCUGAUCCUUCUGGGUACCGAAGUAUUGUUGGUGCAUUGCAAUACCUUACUUUCACUCGUCCUGAUAUUGCUUUCUCAAUACAGCAAGUCUCUCAAUAUAUGCAUUCUCCUACCGUUUAUCAUUUUCAGGCUGUGAAACGUAUUCUUCGGUAUUUGAAAGGCACUUUACAUUAUGGUCUUCAGCUUCGCCGAAUCAAGACAAUUUCUCUUCAUCUUUUUACUGAUGCUGAUUGGGCAGGAUGCCUUGAUACUCGUCGAUCCACAUCUGGGUUUUGUCUAUUUCUUGGUAAUUCUUUAAUCUCUUGGUCCUCUAAAAAGCAAUCCAUAGUGUCCCGCUCUAGUGCUGAGGCAGAAUAUCGUGCCAUUGCUAAUGUUGUAGCUGAAGCAACAUGGGUUCGUCAACUUCUUCAUGAGUUAUAUUUUCCAGUGUCUUUCCCCACUAUUCUUUAUUGUGAUAAUAUCAGUGCUUUAUACAUGUCAACCAAUCUAGUUCAACAUCAACGUACUAAACAUAUAGAGAUUAACUUGCAUUUUGUUCAUGACAAGGUUGCAUCUCAGCAAGUUUGAUUGCAAUAUGUUUCUUCUCGUCAUUAGUGGGCUGACAUUUUGACAAAGGCACUUCCAAUUAUGCCUUUUCGGUCCUUGCGUGGCAAUUUGUGCGUUCUUUCUAAUCCUGCCCAAAUUGAGGGGGGAUGAUAGAGUAUUAUAUAUUAGUGAAGGGCAAUUGUGUAAUUCUAUCCAAUAUAUGUUGUAUAUAUAUGAGUUUGAUCAAUGAUAAUACUCACGGCAUUCACAUUGUUUUAAGGUGCAUAAAAUCACUUGAAAUUA